GACUUGCACAUUUCACGUUCAAAUUACAACAUAAAACACCUGCCAAAACACCAGUCUAUGGCAAAUGCCAUGACUGGACCACGACGUUAAACAAAACAUGACAUCCCCCCCUCGGCCCCUCCCACUUUCAAUUUCAAAAGCUAUGUUUACGGUCUCCAUGGCAACAAUACGCAGAGUUCUCUGAUGUCGCUUUCUGGGGGAAACUCAACCUCAAAACACGUUUAUUUUGUUUAAAUAAGAACAUGAGCGUAUCUGUCACUCGCACAAUUACGAAGAAUAAUGACGCUAAUAAAGUUGCUAGGAGGCAGCGGGAGUAUGACCACUUGUAUGAUCCAGUUUACACAGUGUCAUCGGAGGUAGACCAUGCCAGGUCUAACCUGAAGGCAUAUGCGUCUAAAGAUCGAGUCAGAUUAGUGCCUGAGUAUGAGUCCAUGUUCAGUAACCUUUCCCACCACCCACGGUUCACUGUUCACCUGGACCCUACAGACCCGGUACCGACCUCUAUUGAUCGCCGCUGGAGGGGCCACACUGACCAGCGUAAAGGGGCUCUGCAGCAGCUGGCUGGGAUUAUUCACACUGCGGAGUGCCGUGUGACCGGAGCUGAUAGCUGGAAAUACUUUAAACGCCCUCUGAUUCCCUUCGCACAGCAGGUUCCCCCGGAUGUUAUUUUUGCGUUGCCGAAAGAACAGUUUGCAUCCUCUGGUGGAAAGAAUGCUGAGAAACAGCCCACCCAUUUCACUGUGGGGGUCCAGACCGACUACAGGGAAAGUGAAACCCAGACGGACCCGUACAGCCCUCAGUAUGUGGUACAACCCGGGACCUCUCCCUCAGAGCUCCUGCGGCUGGCAGCUUUGACUUGGGGUUGUGGUCUGCCUGUAGGCCUGGCAGAAGUGGAAAUGAUAGAGCGGGCACGGGCCAAAAGAGCUUGGGAGGCCACUCUUCCUCCAUUGGAUGAUCUUAGUCAGCUGGACAAAAGGAGACGAAUGAUGGAGGAGAUGGAGGUCAAAGAGUGGGCUUUCAGAGAGGGAGAAAUCCAGAAGUUGCAGGAGACUCGUCUUUUUGUCCUGAAGGACCUCCUGAGACAAAGAGAUGAGGCCCAGAAAGAAGUCACAAAUGACAGACUGAACCAGAUAUAUUCUAAGAACCAAAAAGACAAAGAGUCCAAGCUGGACAAGAUUCAGAAUGACUACAUGAGGGAACUGAGAAAACUGGACGCUAAGGGGCGAAAUAUGGAGUGGAAGCUGGAUCGCCUUGGUGUUAUCAAAGAACUGAAAGAUUCUCAGGCAGUUUCCCCACAGAGCCGAAGUGAUAAGUUCUCCAACAGGAUCACCCGAAACAAGGAGUUUAAAAGCCACUACUUAGACACAUAUGAAGGUUUGGCGGAGCUAGGGGCAGGAAUAUCGGCCUCUGUACUCAAGCCACUGGGAAAUAAAACAAAACCCAAAGCCCGCAUCCCCAAGAGUAUGAUCAAGCCCCCAGUGUGCAGAGGGGUUGACCUGAUGAUGAAAUACAAGGCCCUCAAAGAGGAUCGUGAACAAGAGGAGUGUGAGCAGGAGAAGUCUUCAAGAUUCCUUCUGAAGACGGAGAAGCCUGUUGUUCGUCCUGUCACUCCCAGAGUGGACGAGCCACCAGAGGGUGAUGAGGAGCGAGAGUUGGCGGUCAUCCACUUGCAAAAGCUUCUAAGAGGAAGAAGUAUCCAAUACGAGAUGUUUGAGGGCAAGGAGAACCAUCUGGACCUCAUCCAUGAACUGAGGACCGUCCAUGCACUCCAGAGGGAGGAGCAAGGGCUACAGAAAGCUGACAAAGGGCUCGUAAUGAGCCUUAAAAAACAGAGAGACAAACAUAGACAUGAGGUAAAACACAGAAAACAUUGACACGUUUUACAAAUGGUGGGUGCCGAGCUUGAACAUAUAUUCGACACCUUGUCCAAGGAGCUGAUUCAUCUCCAGGAAGAGCGCAGGAUACAUGCGUUUACACUCCUGGCUGAGAGAGACCGUCGCCUGCGAGAGGCUGAGGAGAGCGGGAGGAGACAGGUGGAGGAGCGCAGACGCAGAGAAGAAGAUGAGAUUUUCCGACAAGUGGUUCAGGUACACCAGGAAACUGUGGAUUUAUAUUUGGAGGACAUCAUCCUGGGGACCUUGGAGAAGACAGCUGAUGAGCAGGCCAGGGAGGAGAUCCGGAGGAGAGCAAAGGAGGUCAACGACAUCGCUUACGCCAUGGAUGAAAGCCGGAACGAUCUUCAGUCGGAGGAGAUUGUAUCAGAGUUGGUGUACAGUUUCCUUAUCCCAGAGGUGGAGAAGAUCAUCGUCAGACAGAGAGUGCACCAAAGGCAGCAUAGACACUUGCAGGCCACUCGGAGCAUCAUUCAGGGGACUGCAGAGCAUUCUGGGAUCCUUCCCAUUACUUUGGGGGCUUCUCAGUCCAGCUGUCCCUCUGAAAGAGCCUCCAACCGAGUCCUCGAGGAGGUGCUCGGCCCAGCAGAGCAGGAGAAGGGGAAGCAGACAGAGUAGCACCACUUUCAAACUGAGUAAAGAUGACUAAGCAUAUACAAAGUGUUCUGAGAUGCAGUCUUGUGUCUAAAUGUGUUGUUGAUUCAUAUUAUUAAAGAUUACAAAAAAUCAUUGAAGAUUUAUGGGCUGAUUAUAGUCCUUCAAUUAUCGAUCCUUACAUAUUUUAUCUACUGUAGAAUGUACAGCUUUCCACCUUUUCUGACACUCACUCCAAUUACAUCUGGAGACAGCUGUGGCGGUAUGGAGGAUUAAGGGGUUGAUAUGGGCCAGAGACUAAGGCAGGUACUGUUAAAAGUUUUAUAGCUGGUGACCAAAAAUGUGUGACGCCCCGUCCACACAGCAGCUUGGGUUAGGUGGGGUUAGGUGGUCCAAAAUGACCUACCCCAAAGGUGGGGUAGGUCAUUUUGGAGAAACCAGCUCGA